ACACAAAAAAGCAAAUGAAGGAAAACAAAUCCAUUCAAUGUGUCAAGUGUUGCUUUCGUUGCUUUAUCUUCUGAAAGUGUCUUAAACGACUGAAUUAUAUGUGAUUUAUGUUUUGUUCGAGUUUGUGUUCCAUUCCAAGAAUUUGUUAUUAAUGUAUUCGAUGAAAUGCAUAGUUUAAUGUUGGUGCAGCAGAGUUAAAUGCGGAUAAUAACGUUAUGGUUUGCCACUGCGUAUUGCGAUAAUGGAGUAGAGAUAAGAAGUAUUUGUUAAGGGACAUCAUUGUGGUGGAGUUGCGGAGUUUUUCUAUAAAUAGGUCACAUUUCAAUUGAUGAAUUGAGCCGCAUUUCGAAAUCAAAAUGAAGAGGUUGUUUAAAAUAAUUACCCAUACGAGGAGUUUCCACACUGAGGAUCUCCUAUUGAAUCCGAAGGAACAUCCGGAUCUCGGAUUGAAGGACAUUGUGGAAAUAUAUCAUCCGGAAGAUGAUGGCGUUCGAUUGCUGCUACAGGUGACAUGCCUCACGGAAGAUGUGAUGAGUCGAGAGACGGUCAGCGUUGAGGCGAAUAUAGCGGUCGCAUUUAAUCUGAAACCGUACAAGGAUGUAUUCAUGCGGAAAGUGGAUCCAAGCGAGGUGGCACUCGACUCGGUGGAAAUCACCUUUAAGGACCAAUAUAUGGGUCGGUCCGAGAUGUGGCGACUGAAGACGUGUCUAACCAACACUUGUGUGUAUUCAAACAAGAAGAUCGAGUACUGUGAGGGAUGUAUCCGAUGCCAGGUGUACGAAAUGUGGUCCCAAGGUGAUCGAGUUGCAUGCGGAGUGAUUACAGAGGACACAAAAGUCGUGUUCAGGAGUAACACUUCGAUGGUGUAUCUGUUCAUUCAGAUGUCUUCGGAAAUGUGGGAUUUCGAUAUUCACGGGGAUUUGUAUUUUGAGAAAGCGGUGAAUGGAUUUUUAUCUGAUUUGUACACAAAGUGGAAGAAGUUGGGAAGCAACCAUGAAGUAACUAUCGUUAUGUUCUCGAGAACAUUUUAUGCUGCUAAAAGCCUCGAAGAGUUUCCUCUGCAUAUGCGCGAGUGUCUUCAGAUUGAUUAUAAAGGUCGAUACUAUGAGGAUUUCUAUCGUGUAGCAAUUCAAAAUGAACGAUGCGAUGAUUGGAGUUCCACGCUGGUGCAACUACGACGUCUUUUCACGGGAUAUCGCGACGUUGUGCUUAAAUAUCACGUGCGACCGGAUUCGGAUAUCAAAAUACCACCGGCAACAAACUCGACGGCUGCACAGGGAAAUUUCCUGGAAAUCUUGAACAUUUCAUUGAAUGUGUUCGAGAAACAUUAUUUGGAUAGAAGUUUCGACCGAACUGGGCAGCUAUCGGUCGUUAUCACACCGGGGGUAGGUGUUUUCGAGGUUGACCGUGAGCUUACAAACAUAACAAAACAACGUAUCAUAGAUAAUGGAGUCGGUAGUGAUUUAGUUUGCGUGGGAGAGCAGCCGCUCCAUGCGGUUCCGCUGUUGAAAUUCCAUAAUAAGGAUUCGCUUACAUCGAUAGAUGAUUACUCUAUGCCUCACUGGAUCAAUCUCAGCUUCUAUUCCACUGAUAAGAAAGUGGCUUACUCAACUUUUAUUCCGCGGAUAAAACCACCACCAAUUGCAUCGGAAGGCUCAUUGCGCGAAUCAUCGGACUCGUUCAAACUGAAGCUUCCCAAAAAGGAAAACAAAAAUGAAUACAUCCACAACUGUCUUUUUGAUUACGAUGCCUAUGAUGAUCAGAUAUUCCAGAUGCCAGCGGCUCACGGUACUUGCUCUCUGCAACGAGUAACGCGCACUAAGAAAACUUCCGUCCCUAGCUUGGACGGUUACGGAACGUAUGGCAACAGUCGAGAGUGGGACAGCCUUUCGUCGCCUUCGAACUUUCAGAGGAAAAUGUCGGAUCCAGAUAUUCAUCACUUCACUAAUAAUAGCAUAAAUAUUAGUUUGAAUUCGUACAAUAGCUCACCGAGUGCCUUUCACAAAAGUAUGGAGAAGUCCAGCGGGCGUGAUUUUGGAACGCCGAAUGGACCAGUGGUUAGAACCGGAAGGGCACUGAUCAACCCGUUUGAUCCAUCCCAUGUGACAAUCAAGUUGACAUCCAACAGAAGACGGUGGACACAUAUUUUUCCGAAGGGACCGCAGGGUGUGUUAAUCCAGCAGCAUCAUUAUCAAGCCGUUCCUGCUACCAACAGAACAUCGAAUUAUGCUGCCUUCGAUUUGGAUAGUGAGUAUGCUCAUACAUCGACAUGUACAUGGGGCCGAGGAAGAUACGGAAGUAACGCUUCAUUCGAAAGCAGACUGAAUAGUGAGGACUUGAAUUACGAUGCGGAGAAUAAAGCGAAAUGCAAAAAAUCUGGUCUGCUACAUUCGGCUGCCGGACCAACCGUGACUGUUACUCCUUCUAAGAGCCUCACAUUGCUGUGGGGUGUAACCGGCGAACAAGAGUGGACUCCGUCGCUUACCACAGCUGGACGAGUGAUUAUAGGCGUCGAUUGGAAGUCACUCACCAUUCCGGCGUGCCUACCAAUCACGACAGAUUAUUUCCCGGACAAACGAUCGCUGCACAACGAUUACGUCGUCUCGGACUACACAAUGUUACCCGACGAUGUUAAUGCCGAGUUUGCACAGAAUCGUGCUGUCUACAAGAAACCAUUAUCCACCGAGGAAGUGUUCAAAGAGCUGGUCUCGCAACGGUUGGCUCAGGGUUUUCAGCUUAUUGUACUGCCGGAUAAAUCAACAACGAACCCACAACAGGCCCCUUGUUGUGGGGGUCAGUUGCAAUCUUCCUUUCAAUCUAGCGUUCUAAGAAUUCCACCUCCACAGGAACCAUCUCAAGAAUAUCUACUGUCAAUUGGAAGAAUCUUCCACAAACUAUCCUUGAAUGGGUCAAUAAUUACCGUCACUAGAUAUCGGCCAAGACACCCAUAUCCACCGAUCAACGUUGAUUAUCGGUAUCGAUUCCAAGCACCUCAGCACGACACCUACGAGGUGUCUGGUGUGAACUUCGCCACUGAAAAGCUAGAAAACUUCAACUGGAAUUAUAUGGAUCAGUACAUUUGUACUCGCGGCGAUACGGAUUUCCCACUUCAUGAGAAUAUGAAAUAUUGGCGCUAUCGAAUGUAUCUUCUACCCCGGGAAGAUCCUGCCAUGAAGAACAUCCUCGACGGCACUGCGAAACGAUGCGAUAUUUACACAGAGGACAAACCAAUCCAAUCGGAUAAGCACGUGUGCAAUGAGUUCAUCCGAUUUGUGGAAUCCCAUCUGAACAAAAUCAAAAAGGCUCAAGCGAAAAAGCCAAGGGGAAGCCCACUUCAAUCCCACCUGACCAGAAGACGACACAGCACCAGCAUAAUCUCCCGGCCACCACCUAGCCAGGUUACCCAAACGCAGCCCUAUCGGGAACGAGUCGGAAGUAAUCGUCUGCCGGAGAAACCCCGUCUAAGCAUGCUGACCAGAUCCAGCUCGAAGGUACUGGAUAAGGCCAACAUCCAGGCAGCUGGGAUGAAUCAAAUAAGCUCCGUUGGUGGAAAAACCACGGUCGACGGAAUCCCUCUAUCGACACUGAACUCCGCAUCCGAGCAAGGCUUGCCCGAGGACAGCGAUGAUUUUUGCUCGGAAAGUAGCAAACUCAAGCAGACGGCAACGCUACAGGAAAUUUUCGAGGCUUUCAAGAAUCCCUACCAUGGAGUUGGCUUUCUCGGACCAGCUCAGAGUCUGCCGUCGUGUACGUUUGUAGCCUAUGAUGCCAUCAACUGGUUGCAGAAUAGAAUCGAGGGAUCGUGCAACCCGUUGGAGAUUUUGGAGGAUAUGAGGAAAGCUCGUAUGAUUUGUCAUGCUUCCGGAGAAUUCACCAAGGCAGUUGUUCCCGGUUUCUGUCUAUACUAUGUAAUGAUGCAGGAUAAAGAGUCGCUUGAGUACACUCCGCCACUCGGAGAUAUCGAGGCGUUCGAAAAUGAAUGGAUGGAGGUAGAGAUGCAGCAUCCCGAUCUGCAGAGGCCAAUUGAUCCAGUAGAUGUUGGGGUUCCUUUGUUCCUUCGGGAGACUAUUGAUUUCAACGAAGAAUUCGUCGAUGGUUCGCUCUACAAGCAGACCCAUUUGGACAUUGACAUCAACAAUAAAUCGGAUCGAAUAGAGUGGGGCCACGCCCGGUACCAUCAAAAGAUGAUUCCAGGGCACGCUUACGAAAUUGUGGUUCAGUGGAUAACUGCAUCGGGGCCCAUUGUGUGUGAUUUGAUAAAUGGGUGGUCGCGACGAGCUCAAGGAUGUGGCUUUCAACUGGUUUCCAUUCCAGCAGAUCCACUAGCGGAACCAUUCACCGAAAAAAGUGACCCUCUGCGAGGACCCAUUUUCGUUCCGCUCGAUAUCGAAUGUUUGAAACAGCAUAGAAGUUUCCUUUUCGAGGAAUUCAAAAAAGAAACCUGGUCGAAGCGGUUGCUUCUCUUCCAGGAAGCAAUCGUAGCUCGGUUUGGGUUUAUGAGAUGUGCCGUUGAAACAAAGACCGGUUCCAAUCAAGCCUCGCUAGAUUACCAAUAUGUCCAUUGCACCGGGAACAUGUUCAUUUUGGUUCCGAAUCCGAACCAUGGAUUGAAAUCACGUCAGAGGCUCGCCUCUGGGGGCAACAUCAUGAAGAAACCCACAAACUUUAUCAAUCGCUAUUCUGCCUCGUACGAAUCCCAGAUGCAGAGUAAUAUGUUUUCCGCUUCGCAUGAGGCCUACAUCACUCGUCAUGUGACCGCCGGGAAGAAUAAAGAUGAUUGCGAUAUUAUCCGUAGAACGGGCUUCCUCUGGUCCUGGAAUCAUAUGAUCCCGAACAAAAAGUGGAAAUCGCUGGUAAUUGCACAAACCGAAGAGCUGUUCCAGUUGCGGAUGCUGCGUGACUUUAAGGACUUUUGUUCGAACAAAGACCAGCGAUUGGUGAACUUCUGGGAAGAGUGCUGGGAAGCGAAGGAGAAAUCAUCGAUGGCGCGAACGUAGCAUAUGUUUUGAAGUUUUGAAGGACUUGUGAUAUACUGUAUAAAUGAACGGAAUGGUUUUUUUUUUCAUUUUGUUGAAUUUUACUCAUGCGAAUUGUAUCGUUAUCGUGAAAGUGGCCAGAUAGUUUAGUAAAUAAUAGAGUUAAUGUGCGUGCGUUCUUUUUGAAUGUAUACACUAUUGUUAGAAUGUGGAUUGUAUAUGAGCGUCAAAUAAACAUCGCUACAGGCGGUCCAGAUCUGAAUCUGUAAUGAAUUGCAUAAUGCAGUUGGUCUCAUUUAUUGAAAAACAUACAGUGGCAUAUUCUUGCAGUAAACUAUUGGGUGUACAAAUAAGUUGCAACAAAUGACAAAACAUGAGUAUUUUUGAUUCGAAUGGAAGUUUGUAUUCCGUUUGGGUUGGAGAAAAUCUGAGUUUUCCACAGCAUCUGAGAUUUUUUUGACUCAAGUGUAACUUUUGAAAAGGGCGCAUUGCAGUAAGAAAAAUCUUUGAUAAUUUAUAUCUCGAAAACCAUGAGUUAUAGAGUAUUGAUGUUAAAACGUGAAACACUUUGAAAAAAUAGUUCUCUUUUUUUAUUUACAAAAAAAACUUUAAUUUUCAAUAUCUAAAAUACAGGGAAACUUCGAUAUAACGUACAUUUCACUUUCAAAAUUGUACGUUGUAUCGAAUUGUACGUUAUAUCGAAGCAUGAAAAAUAAUUCAAAAAUAUGGCAUAGUUUACUUUAUUUUGUUGUUGUUUGAGUAUGGCUAGUAAAUAAUGGUGAUAAAAUCCAACUAGUAGGUGGAGCCAAUUUUUAUCGAAAUGUUUUCGAUCAUACAGUUGAUUGAAGGUAAAUAGAUAAUUAACUAGAAAAUAAAUUUAUC